ACCCUAUCCUGUGCCAUUCGUGUACUAGUGCGCGCUACAUUUUUUUCGAAUUCAGAACCGAGUGUUUUUUUUUAAACGUGACUUUCCGUUUGUGCCGUUAUUUUGAUUUUCACUACUAGUGUUAUGUAUGGAUUGAUUGGUUGAGAUAUUCAAAUGGAAAAGUGCAAGUAUACAAUGAGGUCUGGUUUGUAGUCACUGAAGUAGCAGGUUCGCGGAAUACGACCAUGUUUACUUAGCCAAAUAGUAAUAAAUAUAUUUUUCGUUAAAAACUUGAUACGAGAAGAUAACAAAAUCAAUAUUGACAUUUAAAAAGACGCAGUGUUAAACGCUGUUAAGGUAUGCCGAAAAAUAUGGUAGAUUGUCCCGGGCGGCGGUCACUGGGGCGCUCCACAGGCCGCCGGGCUGCUUGACUCGUGGUUUCAGAUGCAGACAUCUGAGCUAGAGUCGCUGCUGUGCAAGCAGGAGGGCGCCUCGGUAGCGCCCGCCCACAUGGACCUGUUCGACGGUGGCACCACAUCCCGCGACGAUGCGUUCCUUCGCCCCGCGCCUGCCCUCUGGGAGGAUAUCGCUUCAUCUAUCAGAAAUAUCGAUCCUGAAAACGCAAACAUGCUGGCUUCCCUUGGAACCACUCACGUUAAACUUGAGGCAGAUGAUCCACUGCUCGAAGAAUGCGCUACUCCGCUACUUAGUCCUUUGGAGAUCAAGACGGAAAGGUUAUGCGCUCCGCCAACGUACGCGCAUCCCCAGCCUCCUCAACAUCAGCCGCAGCAGCAGCCGGCGCCGCCAUUUGCGAAAUACGGUCCUAAUAGGCUGGUCUACAUGUCUCCUUUGACGCCACCCGGCUCCGACCAAGGCAGUCCAGGAAAUUCUAUGCAGGGUGGCCCUCGCCGGACGCCACCGCCGCCAUACCACCCGCCACCGUUGCUCAGGGCGCCCCAUGUACCGCAUCCUGGAGCACACCCCCAUCAUCACCCGCAGCCAAUGGCGCAGUCGAUGCAGAUGCACCAGCAGCCUCCUGCGCCGGCGCCUCCGCAUCCAUUGUCGCAUGCACGCCUCGGUUCACCGCCCCAGGUCAAGUACAACAGAAGGAAUAACCCAGAGCUGGAAAAAAGAAGAGUGCACCAUUGCGAUUUUAUCGGUUGCACAAAGGUGUACACGAAAAGUUCGCAUCUGAAAGCUCAUCAAAGAAUACAUACAGGAGAGAAACCGUACACUUGCCAGUGGCCGGAAUGUGAGUGGAGAUUCGCCCGUUCCGACGAACUGACCCGCCACUACCGCAAACACACGGGCGCCAAGCCGUUCAAGUGCGCUGUCUGCGAGCGAUCCUUCGCAAGGUCCGACCACCUCGCGCUCCACAUGAAGCGGCACCUGCCGAAGACGUCCAAAUGACACGCGAGGAGGGGCGGUGAGCAGCCGCCCGCCUCGCACACCACUCAGGAAGAAUGCAGUGAAAGCAUGUUCUUGGAGUGCGAGCUGGACUCAAAUUUGAUGGAGACGUUUUACGGCGUGCUGUGACCUGCAAUCGGGCACGUGGCGGGCUACGCGCCAGCGGACGCACUGCGGAGGCACGCUUGACGCGAGUGCAAACUUAUUUAUUUUACUUACAUUUGUAAAGAUUGCUUUCCCUUCACAACAAAUCUCUUAUAAUUUCACAGAUUUUAUUUAAAUAUAUUAAAAGGAUAUAAUUACUAGGUAAGUACAUGUAUAAAAUCUCUCACAUUGUGCAGCUGGUGAUUAGGAUAGAAAACUAUAAUGAAUUGAUAAAAUGUCACCAGCAUUCAUUUAUUUUUGUGUUUACAUGGUCACUGUAUCAAAUUAAAAUUGAUAUUUCUUUAUUUUGAACAAAAAUAUUGUAUUUAUAUAUGUAUUAGUGAUAAUUAACAUUUGUUAUGGUCCAAAUAAUUAAAAUACUGUAAUUACUAUAAUUGCAUACGUUAAAAUUAAUAAAAGAAGAACAACAACUUAAUGUGAGAAAAAUAUUUUGUAUUAAGAAUAAUUAAGUCGCUUUUCUUUAGAUAUGAUAUUAUCAAAUUAUUAUAUACAAUUCCUGUCUAUCAUAUGGUGAAGUUAUAAAAUUAUACUUAUUUAUAGAAACUCCGCAAAUAAUAACAAAAGUAAAAUACUUAACAAAUUAAUACCGAAUUUUAAGGUCAAAAUUAUAAAAUUAAAAUAAACAAAUAAUGGUCUCGUUUUACGACAUUAUGUCUAAGGACGAAACUGUCAUAGUAAGGACAGUAAAAACGAUUACGAAGUGUACAAAUUAUUUUAUACCAACUGGAUUUGUAAACCACUUGACGCCUCACGAAAAAUGAUGACCAUUGCCUAGAAUACACUAUGAUCCAUGCACAUUGCCAUUCUUGAGGACUAAGGUGUUUUGCCAUGACCCAUGCUUUAAACCAAAAAACGAGUGGUGGCGAAAGAGUCGCAACUAAGUUGCGACUAUUUCUUUCGCAGUUAGAUGCUACAAAAAUUACUUUUUUAUUUACUAAUCGUAUACAUGAGGGAUUAUAUGUACGAAGUAAGGAUAUAACCUAUCCUUGAAGCAAAUUUUAAUAAAAUAUCUAUAUAUAAACAUUUAUCUUUUCAAAGUUAAUUCAAAUCAGUACCUAAAUUUCAAUAAACAUUAAAAAAAUAUUUACUUAUUUAUUUUAGAGACUUCAUCUCAAUAUAAAAAGAAGUCAAUGUUAUAAAACUCGCCUAUAAUAUUUGGUCCAUAACAUAUGUUCACCAAAAAAUAUAAAAUUUAAUGUGGAAUUAAUAAAAAUUGUUAAUUACUUGUAAAUAUUACGUCUAAUGCAUUACAGCUAAUUUUAGGUAGGAACCUACUUCUCAAAAUGUAAUGUAAGCUAGUUUAUGUUGUGAGACAAGGUGUGCGAUUAAACAGCAGUUGACAUAAAAUACAUACAGAAAAAUAAAUUUUUAUAUUAUUGUUACAAUAUCAAUAUGUACAACAACAUUACCAAGGAAAUCGCUUUACAGCUAUGCUCAAGUUAUGAUACCUACGAUGAUGAUUUGUAUAUUAUUAUGGACUCUAUCAUAAACAUUAUUUCGAACUUUCAGACCGAAAUUGUUUAUGUAAGAUAAAACAAAUUUAAACCGAAACUGGAACUGAGGUAUCUUCUUAUACAAAAUACGAAGAAUACCUAAUAAGAAAUUAAAUAGAAACCUAUGAUUUGUUCGUCAUAACCCCAUCGAUUAUCUGAACGAUGUAUUUGCAAUUUCAUUAUAAACAUUUUUAUAUUUCAUUCGUCUUCGAAAUUUUAGAAUUUUUUUUAUAGUAAAUGGCAGUAUGAAUGACAAUUGUAGUGAUAAACGUAUGAAAUCUGGAGUCUACUACGAAAUACCAAAUCCAAGAAUUUGGACAAUAGUUCGUAUGUUUUUCACUUCGAACUUCAUUGUUCUACUAGUAGAUAAUCAAAUCAUAAUAACAUUAUUGAUCUUUUAAUUUUAACACAUAUUGGAAGAUUCGUUCAGAAUAAGUUCAUAAAUUUUAUUCAGCUUUAUUAAAGUUACAGGCAUUAAUUACAUGGGGCUCUUUUUAAUUAGGAAACAAAAUUAUCUUGAGCGAAUCAUGUCGAGUAUAUAAAUAAUUACGUAGGAAUAUAUCUUCAUUAAAAAUGGCAAAUAUUUAAAAAAAAUUGAGGAUCAUUGCAAGUAAUAACAAUCUGGAUAAAGAUAUUAAAAUGUCUUGUAGUAUAUUAGGUAUCUCCAUACCGAGUAGAUGACAUGACGUAACGAUACAGAAUGAACUUUAUUUUAAUAUACAAAAAUUUUUUGUCACGAUAUUCGCUAAUCUCCAAAACCGCUUAACCGAUUUCAACGUAAUUUUGUAAAUUUGUAUAUUUUGCUCCAACUGGAAACAUUAAAUAUGUUUUAUUACGAUUAAAAUAUUUCACCCGAUAUAUAUCGCUAGGAGACAAAUCAACGACUGGCUAAAUCAGCUAAUAUUAUAAUAAAUAUAUUCAUUUUUUGUUAAAUAUCAGCUUUAAUCUAGUACGUAUACCAAAAUUCAUAAAAUCUGUUCAAUCAUCUAAACAUAAGUAAAUAAGGAACAAAAAUUUCAAAAUGUCCAAGAAAAUCGACUACCAAUAGUCUUAAAAAAAAUUACAAGUUCUAAGUAUCCGUGUUAUUUUAAUUUUUUUUCAAUCAAUCCUUAACUUUUAAUGUGCAAAUGCAGCUGCUGCUUUUCAUUUUAAAUCCUUAUUAAUUAAAUAAAAAAUAAAUCAUCUUAAAUAUAAAAAUGUGACAUUAUCGUGAGCAGCAGAAACAUUCAAUCUUUGUCAUAUAUAUUUACACGGUUUAAAAAAUUUAUUUACAUUUUAUAUUCAUGAAACAUCUGUAUUCAUCUCUUCGACAUUGAUCCGCCCCGGCUAAAAAUGCCCUGACCUCGGUACCAACUGAAAUCAUGAAUUUUAUUUACAAAUUGGAUUUGUAAAAAGCACAGAAUUGUGUGUCCUUGUAGGUACUGAAUAUAUAUCGUGUAUAAAAGAAAUUGCUCACCACAAUAGCAAUUGGUGUCGGCACAUAAGCCUUGUUACGUAAGCUCUAAGUAUUCAUUAGAUAUUAUUAGUUAAUUUAUAGUAAGUUAUUUAGUAAGAGAGCAAGGAAUAUCCAAGAUAUUAUAGAGUUAUCUUCAUCAUAUAAAUAUGAAUAUACAAUUAGUCGGUAGUUAGUAGCUUAAUCGUACAGAAGCGUUAUCGAAUUAUACGACCUGGGUUGAACAAGUAUAUUCUAUUUAUGACAUGCGCACAACGGAGUUAUUAAGCAUGUACCUAAAUGCUGAAUUAAUGUACUUCAAUGUUACCUAAUUCCGAGGUCAUUUAAAUUUAGGUUAUUUACUGAAACUUCACAGGUCAUGAAAUUCGAACACGCUAAUAUUACACUUUCUAGUCUCAUUUUAUUACAGAUUUUUUAUAAUUCCGAAAAAAUGCGUCACUAACAGCUUUCGCCUUUUAAUGUACUUAAUAGUAACUUUCAUUUCCAAAUAAAAAAGUAUUUAUUUUACUUAAUAUGUAAUUACAAUAUUGUAGUGAAUGUAUAUUGUAGUGCAUAAAGUUAAUAAUUCUUAUGAAAGAAUCGCUUUAGGCAAUUUUAGAAAAUGAAAAAUAUGAAUCAGCCUUAUUGCCUCCGUCCAAUGAAUUUACAUAAUUAAUAAAUGUGAAUACAAAGCAAAAUUAAACAGUCUACUAUCUCUCCUUUAGGUACAUACAUAUAAUUUUUUAUCUCUUAAGUAUGGAAUUGCCAUAGUACAUAGUCAUUAGUGUUUUUGCUACCUAUACUGUAACUAUAUUUACUUAAGUAAUGCUUUACAAUGUUUUUUUUUUCUAUUUUUCGUGCAAAUAUUAAUAUCUUUGAUAUUUAUUAAUUACGCAAAUUAUUAAUACAUUAUUAUAAUAUAACCAUUCGCUUCUUAACAAGUCAUCGAUUUCCUUCGUACAAGAUAACUGAAAAAGAUGCACCAUGAUAAUUUUAUAUAUUUUAGCCAAAAAAUAUGUUUGCAUUACUAUGUUGUAUUAAAAUUAUGAACAUACGAGUACAUUAUAAAAUUAUGUUAAAAUAAAGAAUUUCCUGUAAGAAGUAUCAUAAAAUUAUACCAAACCAUGUCUAAGAUUAUAGCUCUAAUACUGAACAUUGACAUUAAGCUUUUAUAACUUUAUUGUCACAUAACUCUAGCCUUUUAUCUAGAACUAGUAGAUACUUUAAAAUUGUAAAAGAUCAUUUUGUCUUCGCAAUUAUUAAAACAUUCUUACAUUUGUUUAAAAUAUUCACUAUACUUUAUCAGUGCGAAUAUACGGCUAUUUAAUAAAUAACAAUUAGUUUCGAAUAUGUUUAUUGUUUAGUAUCCUAUAAUUACCUACUUAUACGUCUAUUUUCGAUCUUGCCACUCUCAGUUGCAUUUAGUUUUUACAUACUUAAUAUUGAAACUGUGAAGAUAAGAAUUCAAGCCAAACCUAUUUGAGUGCUAGAAUUAUAUUUUAUGAAUGAAUAUGAAAUUAUGUACUAAAUAUGAAUUUCUAUAGAGACCAUCUACUGUCAUUUACAGAAGUGGAUGUACUUAUUUCCAUUAGAAGCGUGAUUAGCUAAUGUAAUAUCUGACACGCUAGUCAUAACGCUAUUCUCUUAUAAAUUAAGCUUCAAAGCAAAUUAUAUGCAUUGGGCCUCAAAAUAUAUUAUUUAAACUCUAUAUUACUUCCUAUUAGGUAUGACGUCACUGUCCAUCACGUUACUUCACUUUUAGCAGUAUAAAUAUAUUAAACAAAAAAAAAAUUAUAACACUCAACAUCAUGAACAAAGCCAUAUUAAUAUUUAGGAUUUGCGAUGUCACAACCAAUAUAAAUAAAAAAUGUACCUACUUAUAAAUAAAUAAAACAAAUAAAUCUUAACUACAGAACACCCAGAAGAACAUUUUUCUUUCUUGUCAGGGGAUAAAAAAGUUUGUGGUAUGUUAUACAAUGUACAAACAUUGUAAUGAUAAUAAUAGAGAAAGUUAUAAAACAAAAAAGAAGGACUUUGAAACUUAUGUCAUGAACUAAUUAUUAUGUAGCUUUGCAUAACAAUGCAACAUUAUAUUUAAUGAAACCAUAUUCCCAAAUCUCUCUAUUCUUAUUUUUAAAUUUUAAAUCUUUCUUAUUAAUAUAAAAAUUAAAAUAAUGGCUAAAAAUUUUAAAAAAUAUAUAAUUCUUGAUCGUGACUAUACCAUAUUCUAGUCUGAAAUAAUCAUACGAAAAAAUACAGUAACACAUUUAGAAUUAAAAUCAAAACAGUAUCUUUCAAAUCAAAUAGCAUAGAGGUAAGAAGGUAGUCUACUCUUCGAGUUUUGUAAAAAGGAGUAAUUGCCAUAAACGUGUCUGUGGAUGCCAUAUUUUUAAAUAAUUUAAUUUAGCUAUUAUUAAAAGAGUAGUCAUAAGUUCGUCUUUCUUUAUAAAACCAAGUAUCGUACGUACCUCACUGUUUUCUUUUCUUGCUUAUUCCUUGUACUUAUUAUUUCAUUAUUAAUAUUAUGAUUGUUUUUAGUACCUAUACUAUUUUUUGUGUAAUAGCACAGUCAGCUUCAUUUAGAUCAUAGUAAAUAAUAGUAAAAAAUAUCAUACGGAAAGAAAUUUUAAACAACAGUCAAUCAAGUAUCGUAACAACAUAUUCUUCACAGGUACCUUUUCGUAAGUCCUUGUUAUGUAAUUUAUGAUAUGAAAAAGCUAUUAAUUCAUAACAUACUUAAAUAACUUGAUAAAAGACCAACAUAAAUUUGAUACUUAUUGUAGUUGCUGAGAUAUGGUAUUGAACAUCUUAUCACCUAAUAUCUUUACGAAGCCGACUGUACUAUUUAGUACGUAGUUUAAUAUGUUGACUAAGUCACAAGAUAAUUUAUUACCAAUGACAUGUUUUUAAAAUCUGUUUAUAUAUAAUAUAUGUACCUACUUUUGUAUAGUUAAGUGUAAAAACCUGAGAUAUGUAUUUUAAUGAUAUAGAAUAAUCAAAUAUAAUGUGUUUUUUUUAUAUAAUUUUAAGUGUUUCCAGAAGUGUGAUUUACUAACAUUUUGUUUUAUUUACAUAUUAAAUAUGUUAUCAUUAUUACUUGCCUCGUCAUUGUCAAUUAAUUAUAAUCCAAUAGUUUAUCAAUUAUAAAUACAUAAUUUCUUACAAAGACGCAGUUUUAUGUAUUAUUUCUGUAAAAAAAAGGUUAUUACGUAUACCUAAUUUAUAUACAUAUAUGUACCUAUUCAUUAAAACUGAUAAAUUUUUAAACAGAGUAUUCAAUUAAAAAUAUGUCUAUGCCCAAAAAAUAAGUAAGUGUGGCCUUCCAAUGAAAUUGAACAAAAAAUAAGUAUAUUUAUUGUAAUCUUACAGUUACCAUUAUACAGAUCAAUAAAAUUGGCUAUGAGAUAGUAGAUACCCCAAAUUUUUUUCCGAUUAUUGCAAUACAUAUUUACUGAAACACUGUGCCAUAAAAUCACCCAACGUAUUGUAUUUACAACCAGAUCCAUGGCCUUGUACCAUAUUGCUCUUAAUUUAAUUUUCCACGAAAAACUUACGCUGUAUUUUCUUUCAUAAAUAUGACUUGUAAGCAAUUGGGCAUGAAAAUGGUCGAUCGAUAUCUAAAAAUGACAUUUAUAAAUGUAUGCCUUUUUUGUUCAUGAUUUAAGACCACUAUUGCUACAUACAUUUAACACACAUUUUUUCACAAAGUGCAACUUUAUGUAAUGAAUUAAAACUCAAUUAAAAUUCAAAAUUAUUUACAUUGAUGUAGAUUACAUGAAACAAACAUUUUAUGUUACUAUUAUAAAUAUGUCGUUUAGUCCUUCAGUGGUAACUGAUACAAAAGAAUUAGAAAAAAAAAUAAGUUACCCACUAACUUAAUCAGUUACUUAAGAUUUUGAAUAAUCAUUGUAGUAGAAUAUUAACAUAAUGAAUUACCAAGUUGCCAACAUAAAUUAGCUUCUUUAGCUUUGAUUACUUUGUUUGUAUUAAUACAUAAUUUAGUGUACUUGUAAGAUAAAAUUGCACUUUGCCGAAGAAAAGCUAUCUAAUUAUUCAUCGUUUCAUAUAAAAACCAAAUGUAUUGCCAUUUAUGAGUGUCUACCUAUACUUAUAUGUUUUGCAAAUUUCACAUUUCAGAAGACAUUAAAUUUAGUCACAUUUA